AUGGGUUUAGAAGAGGAGGAGGCAGAGGAUCAAGCAACAGAAGAGGAAGACGGAGAUGCGGUGGAGGGAGAGCUCCUGGCGCCUCAGGCGGCGGGUCUCGUGGGCGGUGGUGACGAGGUGCUCGUAGGGGUUGGUGUAGUAGAGGCCCAUCCACUGCUCGCCGAGCACCCACGGGAGAACCGCCACCGCCGUGCCGCCGAGCAAGCUCAGGUAGUGACCGUCCCCCCGGCGGUCCAAGUGCCGGUGGUGGUGCCACUGGUGGCUCGCCCGCGGCCGCGGCGCCGAGAGGAGGUGGUCGGUGGCGGCGAGCGCCGGCGGCGGCCGGCGGGGGACGUCGGCGGGCUUGCCGGUGGUAUACCCGCGGCCGUAGAGAGGGACGAGGGCGGUCUGGGAGACGGCGGUCUUGCAGACGGGGCACUGCUGGGGGUCUUUGCCCUCGAGAUGGAGCCAUUUGUAGAUGCAGGGCCAGCAGUAGAGGUGGCCGCAGAGGGUCACCACCGGCUCCGCCGCGUCCUCCAGGCAGAUGUUGCAGUCGAAGCUCCCCGCCGGAGAGGACUCGUGGUAUUGGUGGCAGCCCCGGUCCAGCUUCCCGGCCGGGAGCUGCUCCCCACAGAAGCUGUGCUCGACGUCUGCUGCUGCUGCUGCUGCUUCCAUGGAAUGGUGGUGGGUUCGCUGCUUCCUGUGGAGCGAGCCAAGCAAGAUGAGAUGAGCGAAAGGCUAAAAUCUCAAGAGAUGAAGAUGGCGAUGAUGAUGAUUACGAUGGAGUUUUCUGUGGGAGGGGGAGUUCUGAAUUGGUCAGAUCCUCGAGAAUAAACUACCCAAAACACGGAGAGCGAGGACGAAGAAUCGAAUUCACCUUUACACUGCGCGAAAGAAAGUAAAGAAUCAUAUGGAAAACCGCAAAGGCUGCGGCAUGCCUGAUUUUGAAUUCAAUAAUCUUCAAGCUCGUGGGAGAACCAUGCGUUGACGAGGAUGGAAACCUACCGCGGAGUACUGCGUAGAUUAAGGAACGUGUGCCCGACGGGAGAAAUAAUACGAAAUUCUAAUCAGAGAUGCUUCCGCGAAGUUGCCGACUAGCAAGGGUGGGGGGAAAUGAGCACGAGCAUCCGAAGAUCCCUCGUCGUCGAGGCAUUAGUGAAAAGUAGGUGGGUGGUGCUUUGCGGUUUCGAUUCUACAGGAAAAGAGAGCGGAACGAACAGAGAGGAGAGGGCUCGACAGCUUCUGAUAAUAAGAGGACAAAGCAGAGGAGAGAUCUGAAGCGAGAACGGAAGAGAGAGUCGACGCCGGCUGAAGAUAUCUAUACCGUUUCACCCGCAUCCAUCAUGGAAUCGAAGAGAAUCCAUGAAAAAAUGAAAGAACUCUUGGGAGAAAAUAAAAAUAUAUUUUCCAUCCCCCAAAAAAGGAACAAUAAUAGGAUGAAGCACAACAAGACGAAUACAGUUUCAAGCGUCGGACGCGAUCGAUUGAGGACAGAAAAUAGAUGGAGCCUCUGAUACUGGAGGAGAACGGCCACUUCAACACACAGAGAGCAAAGGACUCCGAUCGCCAGUAAAAACGACAGGGGUUUUACGCGAAAAAUUAGAGGAACUCGUCGUCUUAAUUGCCGCUUCUCCCGUUCUGAAUCCUCAACCCGCCGAAAAACGCUCGUACAAAGACCAAAGUCCAACGGAAAUCGAGAUCACUUCCACACGCAAACGCAAUUGAAGAUCGCAGACGAUCUCUCCUCGUUUCUAUUCAGAGUAAGAACGACCACAAAAAUAUCCAAACGCGCCAACGAAAGAACCAGAAAAGAAAGAAUCCCCAUGAAAGCCAGAGAAACGACGAAGAACCCAAGACAUCUCGAAAUCAAACAGGAAAAUCAUGAUGAGGACAGCGGAAGAGGAAGAAGAAGAAGAAGAAGAAGAAGAGGACCAGAGUCUGGAAUAUCCAGAUACAUACCGAUUCACGCGAAAGACUACCGCCGCUGCUUCCGAGCUCCUGCUAUGAGGUCAAGGGAGAAUGGAAUCGUUGUCUGCGGAGCACAGACGCUCGGGCCGGCCGGCAGUGGUAGCGUAGGAUGGAUGUAUAUAUAGGCGUGGGGAGCUAGAGGGAGAGAGUCAAAAAGAGGUGAUCGGGAGGUAGAGGACAAGGCGUAGAGAGAGAAAGCGUGGGGACGGAGGAGGAAAGGCAAAGUAUAGUUUAUAGGUGUCACGCCGUCCCAAAUCCGUCAGUUGGGAUGCAGCAGGAGGCUCGGCUAUGGCUGCCACACGUGCGAAGCAGAUCUUGGGGGAUCAAAGCAGACGUCGAGUCCAAGGAAGAGACUAAUAGACGGACGGCUGCGAUCAUCACCGCCGUCACGAUCUGACGUCCCUCAGCACGAGCGACACUUCCAAUCCACUGCCCCCCCCCCCAAAAUAAAAGCCCAACAAAUCCCUGCGCCUGCAGACACGAGGAAAAAAGAAAAAAAUAAUUGCAAAUGGGUCCCGCUCCACGCGGCCCCCUACCACCACAGCCGGCAUCGAACUACGUCUCGCCACGCGCCGAACGUCACGGUUAAACAUUGACCCCGGCUAUCAGUCAAUGGGUUCGGUGGGCCCCAGCACUAGGGAUGGGCGAUUCACCUCACCUCUAUCCGGCCACGUCGGACGGCCGGCUUGGCGGCCGGAAGCCGAUAAAUUAGGAAAAAAUAUAAAUAAGAAAAAUAACUUAGGAAGAAACGCGAUUUAUCAUUAUUAUUAUUUAUCACCAAGAGGAGCUGGUCAACGUCGGCGGCGAGCCUACGCCGGCGGCACCAUGGGGCCCAGAAGGAAAUCAGCACCGUCCGAUCGGAAUCCAAGACCAGAGACCGCCGGGUUGACCUGGUUAUGGCAGGAGAGAAGGAUCAGUACGCCAUCAGAGUUGGAGGGGAGUUGAAGGGAGGUCGAUGAGAAUUUCCGAGACAUCUGACCCAGAAUUUAAGGGGAUGAAGGGUCAAGUUCUGUGUAGACCGGAAUUAAUUAGGAGCUAAGCAGGGGAAAGCGGGGGAAUUGAAUGGAAAUUUAGAUCAGAAGGCACGAUAUCUGCUGAAGAUGCGGUCAACCCUGAGCACUGAUGGGGACGAAUCGCGUCAUGAUGGAUAAGCUCUUCAGUCUAAGUCAAAGAUUUCCACAGAUCGAAGCAGGGAGCUAAAAUCAGAGUCAAAGCAAGAAGCUAAUUGCACAGAUAAGAGGACCCAAAAACAAUUUAUUUCUGAAGUCCCUGAAAAAUAGGAGGCAAAGAAAAAAAACAGAAGAGACGGGAUGGAUGGAUGGAUGGAUGGAUGAAGCUCUGCUCCUCAAAUCGAACCAGGGUCAGACAAGAACAAAGAGAAGUGUUCUUCCUGGGGCAUCACGAUGAAUGACGCAGAAGGAAUGACCAUGGUGGCGCUCGCAGCUGCGACCACCACGGACGGACAUGGCUGACCUUAAACUGGUCCGCUGUGUCAAAGGACAUGCUGUGUCAAAGGCACAGUUCGAAGAACUGGUCCGCUGAACCAGGAAAGGAUAAGACUGACCCGGUUUGUAGGGUAGGUAGGCGGAUGUCAUCUCUAAAAAAAGUAAAAGAGAACACAAUUCACCAUCAUGGAAACGAAGACGUCCACUUUUGGUAUGACUAUUGUACAGUUAGACGCGCCCAUGGUUUCUACCUGCUGAGAAAGAGACCCGCUCAGGGCUAUUAGAUAGCAUCAUGACUGAUUCUGGGUCAUUAAUCGGUCCAAAGGUCUCAAUUUUUCUGUCUAUUUUGCAGAACCCAGACUUAAUACACGAUCAUAAUUAAGGCUCAUCUCGCUAAUUAGUGGCAGUUUUCGGACCCCCGCCGUAUUGUGCUAUGAUGUGGCAGGGACAAGCAGGUGAGCAAGAACGCCAAGAUCGAAAGUCAACGGCAGUCUCCAGGUGCUGAGGCAUACUCAGGCAAUAAGAUUUACAAUGGGAAAGCCGCCUUUCAAAUCAACGAAGUUAAACUGAAUAAAAUGGAAAACACAAGACGAAAUAACGAAGGAAAAAGGGGAUAGAACAAAAGAAGAGAGGGGCUAAUUAGCUGAUUAAAUACAGAAGCAAAUAAUUGAAACGGAACAGAAAAUGAAAUCUCAGUAGUCCUGAGAUUUUUUAUCAUUACUAGAGAACCAGCCUCGUAAACAUCUAUCAGUUACAUCAGGCCUACACUUUCAAGCAUGACAACAAGCCUGAAAAACCGUUGACAUGAAAAAUUUUGAAUGCUGUACUGAGAGCUUAGUUGGAGGAAAUCAUAGUAAUCUCUCGGAGAAAUCUGCUCAGAGAAAAUUGAUGUCAACGGUGACCUAAUGGUUAGAAUUGGAGCAUUGCAUCCGAAUAUAGUUUUUUCUGUAAACUGUUCUCCAACAUAAAUCAAAGGGGCAUUGCGAGGAAUGAAUUAUUCAAAAACCAACAAACAGCAUAACUUUCAGUUCCGAAGCAGCGAAUGAUCAUAGGAAAAUUGAAGCGGAAGAGUAGAAGCCCUCGAAUCUUGUUCUAAAAAGAUAUCUGCGAAAAUUAUGAAAUAGUUUCAGGUUUGAUCUAAAUAUUUCCGGUUAGAAUAGAGAAAAUCAUGGAAUUCCUAUUUGAUUAACGAAGCAGGAAGUUCUAUUUGUAUGUCUGCCGCCCAAUAUGACGCAAGAUCACUUCCAACCUCUCGGCAGUCGUCCUCGGCUCUUCGCAGACUACAACUCUCCGACGCAAGACUCCUGUACAACGUGCGCCUCAUCAGUCGCUUCGAGACCUUCAAUCCACCGCAUUCAGACGGCACAGCCACGCUCGAGCCGCUAGGGACGGCGGAUACCGAGGCCAUGGCCCUCACCGGGGUUAGAUGAUCUCGUAAAACCUUGGGGGAUUCUGGGAGAGGGCGACGGAUUGGACGACGACGGCCAUCGUCGGAGCAGGGAGUAAGAGGAAGAGGAAAUUCUCGAGGCCAAAACGAAGAUGGUGGCGAUCUUAUGCUCCCCUGGAAGCGACGAAGAGCCAAAAAGCUGUACGUGUGACUACACGAUACUGAAGAAGGUGGCACGCUGGAGUUAAUAGAUCACCUUUGACACGUAUGUAAACGGGCCGGGCUGGAUUAGACCUCAUCAGCUUUGGACCUGGCCCAUUAUACUUCAGCAAAAGGCCAAGAUAUACGGGGCUCUAGAACCUCUUAAACGUCCUCAAUUUCUGAUACUAUUUUUAAUAUCUAGUUUCUCUGUCACUUGAAGUGAAUGUGCAUUAUAUUUGUGUUAUAUAGAAAUUUUUAUAGAGUUAACCUUGGGAUUUGUGUUGUAUAUUUGUUAGCAUAGCUAAUGAACUUGGAGAUACAUUAUUAUUUUCCUCACUUAUUUAAUUAGGUUAUGUUUAAUAUUUUCUUUCAAUUCCUACUAAUUUGAAAAUAUUUUUUUUAUAGUGGAAGAGAUGUUGCAAUAAAUUGACAUAAUAUUUAUAUUUUAAACCUCCUCAAUUUUUAUACUAUUUUUCAUGUAUAAUAUGUUAAUAUCAACUAAGAGAAUUAGGGGGAAAUAUUGUAGUAAUUGAUGUUUGAUAUCUUUCUAACUCAUGAAUGAAUUACUUGCAUCUAUCUAGUAAAACCACAUUGAUAUUUUUGUCAUUAAAACCCACUUUAGUGGUUAGUAGAGCUUUACCCAUAUCGGUUGCUUAUUCUGAAUAGCGACAUGUCCAAGCAUUGUCCACCCUUUUAGUGUUUAGUAUAGUACCUACAUGUCACUCACAUUGUGGAUUUGAAAGUAUUUUCCAUUAUUUGACAUGUGAUAUCCUAUUUUACCAUUUAUGUCUCACCUCUUGUAUCAGUAUCUUGCCUUUUAUUCUUUGCCAAUUAUUUUUCAUUCUUUGACAUAUGAUUUCAUUUGGUGUGUGCAUCGCCUUGUGAUUUCAUCAACGUCUCUGUUAACUUAAUCAAUUAAGUUAUGUUGCCAUAUAUUGUCUUUAAUAUUUUUCUCUAUCAUUAGUAAUCUUCAUAGUUUUGCAUUUAUCUCUAGAAAUCUUUAUAGCUAACUCUUUAUCUCUCACAUUCACCUCAACUCAUCUUUCUAUCUCCUUCUCCAAAUUCUCAAUUAUUCCAUCAUUAUUUUUGGGUCAUUAGGGUUUGCUCUAUUAUCAAUUUGAUAGAACUCCAAAUCGAAAUAGCAAGAAGAAUAGAAGAAGAAGAAAAAAAAAAAGUAACAAGAAUAACAAGAAAUUUUGGACUACCAACUUGAUUAUGGUUGUUCAAGAGGACUAACUCUCUCUCAAGUCAUAACAACAUGAUCCUUUCUCUCAUUUUCCCUGAUACAACCCACCCUAAUAUCUUUCACCACACUAAGGAAAUGACAUAAAAGCCCUUCCUAGUUAGUCCCGAAAUGGUUAUUGGACUUAUUUCUUCUUCUUGAGUAGAUUAGGCUCACCAAGGACUCAACACAAUCAUCUUCAAUGACCAUCACUAACUAUGAAUAUUAAUUUCAUCUCUAAGGUUGAUGCAAUCCUUAGAAUGAGAUCAAUCAAGGAGGACAAUUCUACAUAAAACUAUCUUAUCUACUUUUUGAUCAAAUAAAAAUAAGCCUCAUAUGAAGACUUGGCAUGUGACUUAUAGCAAUUCAAAGAAUUAUUGAUAACAUGAUAUUUGUGUUGAUUAUUCCUUACAUUUCAUGUGAUUUUUUGUUCAUUUAAAUCUUGAAAAUAUCAUGCUAUUAAUAGAAUUAUUUAAAUAUUCCUAGAUCUGUAUUAAUUUCACUAUUUACACAUUACGCAUGAAUUUUGCAUGAUUUUGACAAACCAUGCUUGGCUUCUAUGAAGUAAAGCAGUUUUAUUACUAAUAAAUAUUUUUCAAGUUUUCAUGCUUGCAAAAUUUAACAAAAAUCAACAAUAAAUUAGGAGCAUUUUAGUGAAUGAAAGUUACCUUAAUGGGCUAGGAGUACUUUGGAGGACUUUUGGUUCUAGGGCUUAAAAGAGAAAUUAGAGGAGAUUUUGGAGCCAUGUCCAGGCCCAUUUAGACCUUCUUCAAUUCAUUCUAGAGGAAGAGAUCCGAAAUUCAUGGAGGGAGAUUAAGGAAUUAUGAAGGGAAAUUUUAUUCAUGCUUGCCCAUGUAUAAAAACUCUUCUCUCCUCUCUCUCUCUCUCUCUCUCUCUCUCUCUCUCUCUCUCUCUCUCUCUCUUAGGUCAUUCUAGACGUGCUCUGGCAAGAGGCUGGCCAGUAGGACAACAAGGCUUUGUAAGGUCCAAGGAUUAUUCUCCUUGCUUGAUGUAAGUUUCUUGAAAUAAUCAUUUAAUCAUCUCUCUUGUUUGAUUCGAAAAAAACGCCUGAUCUUAGCGGAAUAUAAGGAUCCGAAUUUGAGAGGACGCAUUGAGGGAUCAAGAAAUGAGCACUAGGUUUUUUUUUUUAGGAACUUUGUUUUAUAUCAAAUCAUCAUUUCUCUUCAUCUCCAUCACUUCUCACCAUUUCUCCUUCAUUUUCCUUCGUUUUCCUUCGUUUUCUCUCCCUACCCCACUAUUUCGUCCACUUGCUCUCUUUAGAAUUCAUGUUUUUCUCUCGAGGUCAUAUUUUCUCUCUCUAGUUAGUCCUUCUAACUAGAGGCCAUCCAUUUCCUCGUCCACCGCCGUUGUGAUCCGCCACUCCGCCGCUCCUCAUCUCUCGUCCGCCGACCACCGCCGCGUGCCCAUCGCUAGCCGGCACACGUCUGCCGCCCCCCCCCCCCCCCCCUACCGCCGCCUAUUACCAGCCGUCGUGCGCUCGCUACCGAUUGUUGUGUGCCCGUUGCCCUCUAUCUCUCUACCCUUCCGGACGUAACUGAAAGUCCUAAAUUUCGGUUAAGUCCGGAAACAGUGAUGGGAGAUCUGCGACCCGUGCAGCCCCUCCCCUUAACACCGACUGUCAACUGCCAAGGUAAGUUAUUUUAUUAUUAUUUAUUAUUGUUCUUUUGGAAGUCCUUAACAUUUGGAAAAAAAAAACUCCUAAGAAUAAAAAUUUAACUCUCAAACCCAUUUCUAUAAUUUCUAGGCCUCAAAAUUUCUGAAUUUUUACCUCCCUAUGGAUUGACCCCUUACUUGCCCUAUGUCUGAUAAAGAGUAACUAAGUGGAAAUUUUUCUUAAUUAUUAGUGGUUAAGUCUGAAUUAAAAUAUCAACCCUAAAAUCAUUAAAAUUUGGACAUAUAACUUAUCAAUCAAUACUUCAUUAACAACCUUCUAACAAGUAUGUUACAUUCACAAUAUGGAAGAAGUGCAUUUUAUCUAUGGAACUCUACCAUAGGCAUAGGGUGUGACUAAUGAAUGCAUCAUGUACAAUACCAACAUGGCACAUGACGUAGUGACAAAAUGACAUGACAAAUAUGCAUAUGACUAUGUGAUUAUUGCGCAUGACUAUGCUAGUAUGGAACGAGGUUUUAACAAGUGUCUCACACAUCUCAUAAGAUGUUGACACAUCUGAACACAUUGUGGCAUUGAAACAAGUUGCACUAGGGGCAUGGUUCCAAGCUUACAUAGACAUUAUGUGGAUAAUAUCAUAGGUGUGUUUUUUUUUAGUAGGAUGUUAUUGUUAUAGCUAUCAUAUUGCAUGAGUGGUUUAAGAGCUGGAAAUAUCCAUCCUUCAAGUCUUCCAACGUCUAUUCUUGAGAGAUGGUCAAUUCUGGCUGAGCAAUGGUUUAUGGCUACUUGAGGAAGAAAAGUAAGUGAUUUUUUCAGACACGCGUGACAGUAGGACCAACCCCCCACUUGUUCCUUCUCUCUCUCUCUCUCUCAUACAAGUUUAUAAUAAUUAUUAAUAUCGAAAUUAAAAAUGGCCACUUUUUGAAAUGGGGGAGCUGUCAUCUACGUGUAAAGGUUAUAGUUAGUGGAGACUAUUUGGCGUCUUGUGAUUGGGCAGCGUGGCGUGAUCUCACCCGGCGAUGUUCCUGUGGUUCGGUUUUCCCUCCGAUCAGUUUCUCCUCAUCCACGGACGGGGCUCCAACUCCACACGUGGGACCCGCAACGCCGGGGGCGUCCGAUCUUCCUGUACUCACGUGUGCGGACGUGGGCUUUUAUCCGUUCCGGCGUGAAAAUAUCUGCGCUUCCCUAUCAGCGGAAAGUAUCCCGGUUUCGGAUCUUAACUUCGGUUCAGAUCCGUAGAGGCUGCCGUUGACUGCGGGUUCUCCGCCCUCGUUUUAUCGUCCUCCUUGCCUUCCUCGUAGAGGCACUCCGCAGGGGGAGGAGGAGGAAGAGGAUGAGAUCAGAGGUGUCGUCCCUCACCUUCAACCACGCCUCGCUGCUGAGAUUCUUCCCCGGCACCGGGAAGGCCCGCGGCGGGCGGCGGAGCUGCGGGUUUAGAAGGGUUUCCCCCUCCGCCAGGGCCGCCGACGACGACCGGGGCCGGCCGCCGGUGCGCACAGUGGGGAGCCCGGAGCCGCCGUGGUUCGUCGUCCCGCCGUCGCCGCCGGAGAAUGUGCCCUCCGUCAAGCUGUGGCCGUCGGAGAACCAGACGGAGGGGCUCGGGGGCGGCGGCGCUGCCGGCGUCCCCUUGUCCCUCCGCAUGGUCCAGAUGAAGAAUCGGCUGGCGGUGGCGGCGCCACCCCGGUGGUCGGAGCGGAGCCAGCCGGCCGCCGCGGAGGAUCCCGCCGGCAGGGCGGUCUCUGCGCUCGUGUACAUGAUCGGGGAGCUCCAGAGAUCCGUCCUCGCCGGAAGGGACGGCGGCGCCGUCGACGAAUCGGUCCUCGAUCGGGUUUCCAGGGACCGGAGGGACUCGUUCGUCUGGCUUUUCCGGCGAGUCUUCUUCAGCUCCCCCAACCUCGUUGUCUCCCUCCUCGUCCUCCUCGCCAACUACGUAGCCUUCUCCGCCGAGAGCAACAGCCUCCAUGGGGGAGCCACCACCUCCACCUCCGCCUCCACCGCUGCCCCUGCCUAUGAUACAAACGAUGUGGAUAAAUUAUCCCAGGACCAGAAUUCUUUGCUGGAGCUCGAAGGGCAAAUGCUUGCUUCGACUUCCGAGACCAUCGGCCUCAGAGGAUACCUGAACUGGUUCGACAUCGGGAUCAAGGAGGGUAAUCUAGAUCCGAUGCAGCAGGAGGACGAGGAAACCUGCGCGGAUCGAAGGCGCCGUGUCUACGAGCGCGCCAUCGCCGAGGGGGAAGCGACCUCCCUGAUACUCUGCAACUACGCUCAGUUCCUCUGCACGGUCGCCAACGAUCACGACAGGUAGGGUCUCAGGCCGAUCAUCAUCAUCAUCACCAUCAUCGAACCCCCUCGAAUUCGGUUGAUCGCUGAGAUGUUUGAUCCGCCGCCUGCAGAGCGGAGCUGUACUUCCAGUGGGCGGUGAUGGCGGAGCCGCGAGACCCCGAGGCCAUCAGCCGGUACGCCUUCUUCCUGUGGGAUGGCCGGGGGGACAUCAGCGGAGCAGAGGAGAUGUUCCUGGAGGCGAUCGAGGUCGAACCAGGGAAUCACUACUACAGCAGCAACUAUGCCUGGUUCCUGUGGAAGACCGGCGCGCUGGACACCUGCUACCCGAUCAAUCCUCCUCCGCCUGCUCCGGAAUGGUAGAUCAUCACCUCUGUAGCAGCAACCAUUCCCGCCCGCAAGAUCGAUGCAGAUCCAAGGCCUCCUCACCAAGAAUUUAUGGCUCCAGCGAAAGAAAACCUCCAUGAAUUCCCACUGUAUCCCCACCCUGUUCAUCCCUCCUCGUCCCCCUCUGUUAGUAUAUACCUCCUCCGAUUGUCGUAUGGAGCUUCCCUUCUCGGGACCAGAUUAACAUGCCACUUCAUUGCCACUUCCUUCUGAGUUGCAGAUCCUGCUUUCAUGGCGGUCUCCGUCGGCAACGCCGGCGGCGAUCGCCGGAAAAGGCGAUCCAGAAAUAUCCAGAAGAUCCGACGAUCGAAAGAUCCAAACCCGCGAAAUAUCCGAAAAGGGCCCCACAACAUCUUAUCCCUAGGGCGAGUGGACAUCUGGCGGCCCAUACCCCCGGGGCGGUCAACCAUCCCAACCGACGUCAGUCGCAGGUCGGCCCAAUAACGGGCCUCGGAGAAGGACGAGGAAACAGACGAAAAUUCGACGCGAUUAUUGGGCCAGCCAUUUAAAUACGGUUUGGGCCGGUUAGCGGUGGUGGUCUCUGUCGGCAGAGAUUCCGGGCACUUUACACGCGUGGCCUUGAGAGCGCGACAGGUAGUCGUAUUUUCGGAAAUUAUUAUUUAUCUAUUUAAAACUGAUUGAAUUAUUGGGAAAGUAUUUGGCUUAUUGAUACCCUGGGGGUUAUUUUCCCGUCGGUGGAGGCAGGAGCUGGAGUGGAGGGAAAAUAUUUCGUUCUGACUGACGAAAUCCGAAACAAACGGAUUUCCAACCUUAGUCACAGCUUCCUGCGAAUCUCCAUCAGGCCCCAUACUUGCAGCUUCCGUAGCCUGCGCAGAGAGUUGUACCAGAUUAGCAAUGGAGAGAGAGAGAGGGAGAGAGAAGGAGGAAGGGGAGGGGGGAAGAGAGAAAGAGGAACAGAAAGGAGGAAAGAGAAAGAGAAAAGAGAGAGGGGUAGAGAGAGAAAGGGGGAGGGGGAGAGGGGGGGAGAGAGGGAGAGAGAGAAAGAGAGGGAGAGGGAAAGAGAAGGGGAGAGAGAAUGAGAGAGAGAGAGGGGAGAGAGAGAGAGAGAGAGGGAGAGAGAGAAAGAGAGAGGAAGAGGGGGAUAGAGAGAGGGAGAGAAAUACAGAGAGAUGGGGGGAGAGAGAGGGAAAGAGAGGAACAGGAGGAUAGCGAGACAGAGAGAGAGAGAGAGAGAGAUGGGUACUUGGGUCUUCCAGAGUGACGAGCCCGGUCUGGCCAAAGUCGCAGGCGGAGGGACUGUGUGCGGCCGCCUGGUAGAAGGCGUUCAUGGCGAAGGCAGCGUGGGCUUGGAGAGUAUCAGGCAAGAAGCAGGCGCCGCCGGGCCGAAUAGCCAUGCACUCCAUGCCCCCCCUUCCACAGACAAAAUCAAUGUUCUCCUGCAGAGACUUCUCGUCCGUGUUCGGCUUCGGCAAGCACCACGACGCCGCCCUCAUCGGCAGCGGCGCCGCUGUCGCCGGCGGCCGCAGCACCACUCCGACGUCGUAGACGGGGGAGAAGUCCGGCAAGAAGAGGCCGUAGUUCCUCUCGGAGGCCGGCCCGGGCUUGAGAUCCUCGUUGAAGAGGGAGAAGACAAAGGCCUCAAAGGUCCUGUUGGGCAUCAGCGGCGUGCCGGCACCGGAGGAGACUCGCCGGAGGAAGUUACCGUUGUACUGCCGCGCGUUUUCCACGCCAGCGCCGACCUCCCACGGCUCCCCAGCCGACGGCCACCCGGACUCCGCCACCGCGAUCUCCACGUCGGCGAAGCCAAGCGCCGCCAUGGCGGAGAACACGGCGUCCAGCUGUGCGUCCAGCAUGUUCGUGUAGGUCAACCCCGUGGCGGGGUCAACCACCCCGGGGCUCUCCCGGAACAGUGCCAAGUCCAGCGUCUCGGGGGAGAACCCGAAGAAGGGGUAGGCGUUGACCAUGAAGGGCGACCCUGUUGACCUUAGGAAGCUCAGCAGAGGCCCGACGACCUCGGCGCCGUUGUAGCCCUGUCGGAACCUCCCCGUCGACGGGGGCGACGAGGAGGUCAACACCGCCAUGGAAUGCGGGGAGGAGACUUUGACCCGGUCCUGUAGGGCGGCGCCGGCGAGCGCCGUGUGGAGGUUCUGCAUGGCCAUCACGAGGGCGGCGGCGAGGGACCGGUCGCCGGCGGAGGCGACCUCGUUGCCGACGAGGACGCGGGCGAUGUGGGUGGUGGCGGCGUGGGGCAGGACGUUAUCUGCGACCCACCGCUGGGCGAAGGCGAGAUCGGUGAGGUUGGGGAUGAGCUCGUUGGCUAUGGCGACGUCCACGGCGAUACCCGUGCCGGCGAAGGCCGCCACCGUGGUAGCGUCGCAGUCGAAGAGCUUCACGUGGUCGAAGACGGUGCUCUCGGCGAGGAAGCGCGCCACCGCGGCCGGCGGCGGUAGCUUGCUCCCCAGUCUGCCGUAGUUCACGCCCAGACCGGCGGCGGCACCUGAGAAGAGGGAGAAACAAACAAACAACCAGUUAG